AUGUGGCGAGCAGCUGGGCGUAAAAGGAGACGGAAGUAUCCAGAAAGCAAUGAAACUGACGGUGAUAAUGAUAGUGACGAUCAAAGCUAUCAGGAUGAUGAUUUGUUGUCGUCAAAGAAAAAAAGGAUUAUUUUAAGCUACAACAAUGAUCUGGACGAUGAGAUGUUGACGAGGCAUUCCCUUCCAAAGUAUAUAGAAGAGGAAUUAGAAUCAAGCAGGGAAGCUUUAUCCGCGUUGAAGAAACCGAAUGAGCCAUGGAUGAUCGGUUACAACGAAAAGUAG